GCGGCCGGGCUCGGCUCGUUCGGCUCCUUCCUCGGCAUCUCCCGUGCCUGGCCCCGGCCCGGUAUGGCCGCUCGGAUGCUGCCUCUCCUCCGCUCCGCCGCGCUGCUGCUGCUGGCGGUGCUGCCGGGCGGCGGGCCCGGCUCGGCGGCGGCAUCCCCGGCAGCAUCCCCGCCUCGGGAGCCCCCCGGUCCGUGCCGGGUGAAGACGGUGACGGUGUCCACGCUGCCGGUGCUCCGCGAGAACGACAUCAGCUGGAGCGGUGCCCCCCCGCCCGCCGCCGCCGCUGCCUCCGCUGCUUCUGCUGCCGCCGACUCCCGCUUGCUGCUCUUCGUCCGCAGCGAGCUGCCCGGCCGCGUCGCCGUGCAGGACGACCUGGACAACACCGAGCUGCCCUUCUUCACCCUCGAGAUGUCGGGGACGGUGGCUGACAUCUCGCUGGUGCACUGGAAGCAGCAGUGGCUGGAGAACGGCACCCUGUACUUCCACGUCUCCAUGAGCAGCGCCGAGCAGCUCUCCCGGGCCACCCCUCCCAGCCUCCAGGAGCCUUCGGAGAUAGUGGAGGAGCAGAUGCACAUUCUUCACAUCUCUGUCAUGGGUGGGCUGAUCGCGCUGCUCCUGCUCCUCCUGGUCUUCACGGUGGCCCUGUACGCCCAGCGGCGCUGGCACAAGCGCCGCCGCAUCCCGCAGAAGAGCGCCAGCACGGAGGCCACCCACGAGAUCCACUACAUCCCCUCCGUGCUGCUGGGCCCCCAGGCCCGCGAGAGCUUCCGCAACUCGCGCCUGCAGGCCCACAACUCGGUCAUCGGGGUGCCCAUCCGCGAGACCCCCAUCCUGGACGACUACGAGGACGAGGAGGAGGAGGAGACGCCGCGGCGGGCUGAGCCCAGCACCAGGGAGGAUGAGUUUGGCAGCCAGGUGACGCGGACGCUGGAGAGCCUGGGCCGAGGCGGGGAGGAGAAGCCUGACUAUGAGAAGAAAGCUCCCGAGGUGACGCAGGAGACGGUGGAGUCCCUGAUGCAGAAGUUCAAGGAGAGCUUCCGCACCAACACGCCCAUCGAGAUCGGCCAGCUCCAGCCCGCGCUGCGCAGCACCUCCGUGGGGAGACGCAAACGCCGGAGCCGGCCCCGAGGUGGGAUCGGGUUUGGACGCGCCAAAGGGAACUCGGGCUCGGAGGCAGACGAUGAAACCCAGCUCACCUUCUACACCGAGCAGUACCGGAGCAGGAGGCGAAGCAAAGGUUCGAUGAAAAGCCCCAUCAACAAGACAGCCCUGACCCUCAUUGCGGUCAGCUCCUGCAUUCUUGCCAUGGUGUGCGGCUCCCAGCUCUCCUGCCCGCUGACUGUAAAGGUGACACUUCAUGUACCUGAGCACUUCAUCGCCGAUGGCAGCAGCUUCGUUGUGAGCGAAGGCAGCUACCUGGACAUCUCCGACUGGCUAAACCCAGCCAAGCUGUCCCUUUACUACCAGAUCAAUGCCACGUCACCCUGGGUGAGAGACCUCUGUGGGCAGAGGACCACCGAUGCCUGUGAGCAGCUGUGCGACCAAGAGACAGGGGAGUGCAGCUGUCACGAAGGCUACGCCCCAGACCCCGUCCAUCGGCACCUGUGUGUGCGCAGUGACUGGGGACACAGCGAAGGGCCAUGGCCCUACACAACGCUCGAGAGGGGAUACGACCUGGUCACAGGAGAGCAGGCACCGGAGAAGAUACUCAGGUCCACCUAUAGCCUGGGACAAGGCCUGUGGCUGCCGGUCAGUAAGAGCUUUGUGGUGCCCCCCGUGGAGCUUUCUAUCAAUCCUCUUGCCAGCUGCAAGACAGAUGUUCUGGUGACAGAAGAUCCAGCAGAUGUCAGGGAAGAAGCGAUGCUGUCCACAUACUUCGAAACCAUCAAUGACUUGCUCUCCUCCUUCGGGCCUGUCCGGGACUGCUCCCGCAACAACGGCGGCUGCACCCGCAACUUCAAGUGCGUGUCGGACCGCAAGGUGGACUCGACGGGCUGCGUGUGCCCCGAGGACCUCCGCCCCAUGAAGGACGGCACCGGCUGUUACGACUACUCCAAAGGCAUCGACUGCUCGGAUGGCUUCAACGGCGGCUGCGAGCAGCUCUGUCUGCAGCAGACCCUCCCUCUGCCCCACGACCCCUCGUCCAGCACCAUCUUCAUGUUCUGCGGGUGCGUGGAGGAGUACAAGCUGGCCCCCGAUGGCAAGUCCUGCCUCAUGCUGUCGGACAUCUGCGAAGGCCCCAAGUGCCUGAAGUCGGACGCCAAAUUCAACGACACGCUCUUCGGGGAGAUGCUGCACGGCUACAACAACAGGAGCCAGCACGUCAACCAGGGCCAGGUGUUCCAGAUGACGUUCAGGGAGAACAACUUCAUCAAGGACUUCCCGCAGCUGGCCGACGGCCUCCUGGUCAUCCCGCUGCCCGUGGAGGAGCAGUGCCGCGGCGUCCUCUCCGAGCCCCUGCCCGACCUCCAGCUCCUCACCGGAGACAUCAAGUACGACGAGGCAAUGGGCUACCCCAUGGUGCAGCACUGGCGCGUCCGGAGCAACCUGUACCGGGUGAAGCUCAGCUCCAUCACCCUCUCUGCAGGCUUCGCAAACAUCCUGAAGAUCCUGACCAAGGACAGCAGCCGGGAGGAGCUGCUCUCCUUCAUCCAGCAGUUCGGCUCCCACUACAUCGCGGAGGCGCUGUACGGCUCCGAGUUCAGCUGCACCAUCCACUUCCCCAGCAAGAAGGUGCAGCAGCAGCUCUGGCUCCAGUACCAGAAAGAAACAACCGAGCUCGGGAACAAGAAGGAACUGAAAUCCAUGCCAUUCAUCACCUAUCUCUCGGGCCUGCUGACUGCACAGAUGCUUUCUGACGACCACCUCAUCUCCGGCGUGGAGAUCCACUGCGAGGAGAAGGGGCGCUGCCCAUCCACCUGCCACUUGUGCCGGCGCCCAGGCAAGGAGCAGCUCAGCCCCACGCCAGUGCUGCUGGAGAUCAACCGCGUGGUGCCUCUGUACGCCCUGAUCCAGGACAACGACACCAGGGAGGCUUUCAAGGGCGCCCUGAUGAGCUCCUACUGGUGCUCGGGGAAAGGCGACGUGAUCGAAGACUGGUGCAGGUGCGACCUCAACGCCUUCGAUGAGAACGGACUGCCGAACUGCAGCCCCCUCCCGCAGCCCAUCCUGCGGCUGUCCCCGAAUGUGGAGCCCUCCAGCACCGUGGUGUCUCUGGAGUGGCUGGACGUGCAGCCUGCCAUCGGGACCAAGGUGUCCGACUACGUCCUGCACCACAAGAAGGUGGACGAGUACACGGACACGGACCUCUACACAGGCCCCUGAUUCCAGAUGACUUGACUCUUGCAAGUACCUUGCAUAGGUUUGCAGAGCUGCUGGCUGCUACAGCUCUCAGGCUUUGCUUGGUACUGUGCUGCUUCACACUGACCCAAAACCCAGCCGUGGGGAUUUCCUCACCACCAUCACCUGCCUGACACACUGCAGCAUGGCUCCAUCCCAUCCGAGCAGCAUGCACAGAAAAAAGAAAAUGAAGUCAACCCUAGAAGGGGGUUGCAGGAAGGGAGAUUUGGAGGGUUUUAUGGAUAUUGUCAGGUCUUCCUUCCCCACCAGUCCUGUGGCUGCUGGCAGGUAGGAGCAGGUUGCUCCCGUUGCUGGAGGUGCUCCUUGGGCAGUGCUGGGAGGAUCUUGCCAGGUGUGAAGGCUCUUGAGAAUGCUGCUCUUCAUCGCUGCUCUUCAUCCCUUGGAUCUCUUGAGUUCAAGCAUAUAGCUUUUUUAUGGUUGUCUUUUUAUUGCAGUUGUAGCCAUCUCUUACCGUGAUCCCUGGCGCUAGCUAUGCUCUUCAGUCCUGUGGCAAGCUUCGCUUGUGGCUGGUACCUGGCCCCUGCCUUCUGCCCCCUGCAAAAAGCUUCCAGGCUCCCAUACUUGCAAAACUCCUUGGCCUCCCCCUUGCUUUGCAACUGGAGGAGGAAGCCUUUCCCUUGAGCCACAAAAUACUUGCUCCUCUUCUCCUUGGAGCUGAGUCAGGAGCGAGGCUGGGGGCUGGUUGAACGCAUGUCCCCUGCUCCUGGGAUGGGGCAGAAGUAGCUGGGAGCUGGUGUGGGUCGGCUGCCCCCCGGCUGGACGUGGUUUAUAAAGAGGCUUCUUACUGGUGCUUGGAAGUGCACAGCCCUUGGACCAUCUGAUGCUAAUAGGAGCAGUUCCCGAGGUGAACUUGUGUGCGAAACAAACCACGCUUUCAACACCACCGCGUGGGGAGAGAGCGUCUCUGCUCGGGAGCCAGCGGAGAAGACAGAGCAAUUACAUCCCAAACUGUUUAUUAAAACUUGUGGAAAUUACUCAUAACUCCAUGUGUGCGAUGGCUUUGUAGUUGAGUGAUGCUCUUUGUUUGAACAUGAGGCUCUCGAAGAGGGCGCAGGCGCGUGUGUGUGUGCGCGGCCGGGCCGCCAGCGCAUUAUGUCAUGGACGAAGCAGGCUCUGCACUUGAGAGAGGGAGAGAGAGAAAUGUGUUUUACAGGGUGAGGUACAAACUGAAAUGGCUGUGAACAUCUGGAACUGAUAUUAGGCUUGGAAAAUGUUUUCUGUCACUCCAACACUCCUCUGGAGGAAGGUUUCUGAAGUUAAGAAGCUCCAAAGGGGAUGAGGGGGAGGGAUGGGGGGAUAACGUGACCACCGUGCAAAGUGCUUUUUAUUUCUCUGGCCUGGUUGCCGUAGCCAGGCCAUGUCCAUGUCCCUAACAGAUGAGGGACAGGGGGUAUGUCCCCUCUAACAAGUGCUUGUUGUGGUGGCCUCACUUCAAAGGUCCCCAGCAAGACUGAGCCCUGCCAUGUAAAAUGUUCCUGUGUGUGGGGCACUGCAUCCUCCAGCCAGGGUGGGUAGAAAGCCACUUGCCUUAGGAGCCUGGGUCCUGAUGCUGUGUUUCCCCUUACUGUGCCUUAAACCCCUCUGCCAAGAAACUCACCUGGUGGAGGCAGUGGUUGGUGAAGGCUGGCCAUGGUCCAUCCUCCUCCUCACCUCUGUUCCGUGCACACAGCUCCCCAGGCUGCGCAAGCAUGGCGCAUCCUGCCCCAAAAUAACCCAAGUGAUGAAGGGUGAAGUCUUUGGGCGUGGGUGGGAGCAGGCAGACCUGUGCGUGGCUUAGCACCCACCUGACCUCAGCCGUGAUCCCCACCACAGGGGGGAUUUCACGUGGGUGGGUGCAAGGGGGGGGCUCCGGGGCUUUUGU